AUGUUAGAAGGAGGUCGCGGACGAUUCCAUGGAAGAGGUCCAAUGGGAAGAUUUCCUGGACGAUUCCACGGAAGGUUCCCCCCUGGGAACGAUACGCUAGGAGAAGGUCCUGAAGGGUUUGGCAGAAGAGGCAUGCACGGAAGAGGCAUGUUUGGAAGAGGCAUGCAUGGAAGAGGUCCAAUGGGAAGAUUCCGUGGACGAUUCCACGGAAGAUUCCCACCUGGGAAUGAUACACUAGAAGAAGGUCCUGAAGGAUUUGGUAGAAGAGGCAUGCACGGAAGAGGCAUGUUCGGAAGAGGCAUGCAUGGAAGGGGUCGAUUCCAUGGUCGAGGAAGACCAGGCGAAGAAGGUUUUGGAGAAGGCCCUGAAAGCGAAAACGACCUUGAUACCAGGCCCGGUUUUGAGCGCGGAAAUGGAACAAUGAGGGACCGUAUGGGUCGUCUUCGAGGAGGAUGGAGAAGAGGAGGACGUCUAGGAGGAGGAACUGGAGGAGAAGAAGCAGAAGGUGAAGGUGGAGAAGAAGAAGGAGCAGAAGAUGAAGCAGGUGAAGCAGAGGCACCUACUGGCGGCGGAGGAGCCACUAGAGGAAGAAUAGCCUCCAACCGUGGUGGUGGUGGCGGUGGUGGCGGUGGCAGCGUGGCGAGUAGCGAUGAUGAUGCUGAUAGUGGAGCA